UAUGGCGGCUGACAAGGGACCAUUGCCCACUUCCACCGCGAAAGUAAGGCAGCGAUAUCAGCCACCUCCUGGUGAUUGGGACCCUGAUGUUCCAUAUGGUGGCAAAGUGUACCUUCCCAGGAAGAAAAAGGCAGACCCAAUUUACGUCAGAGUUGCUGAGGGAGCUCUCAUUGUGUUCACAGUUUGGCUGGCAUACUAUGCCUACUUCUACUUUGAAAAUCUCCAUUUCCACGUCACCCACGCAUAUGCACAUCUAGGGAUGGCAGAGGCACAGCAUCAAGUGGCCCACAGGUAUCUUGUGGGGAGGGGAGUGGAGAAGCACAAAGAUCAUGCCAUGCAUUGGUUCAAGAAAGCUGCUGAACAAGGCCAUGCUUCCGCCUCUUAUAACCUCGCUGUUGGACAUUUAAAGGGAUACAAGUCUGGGUUGAAAAGCGGUGAAGCCAGGAGGUAUAUCGAACAUGCUGCCAUAAGUGGAAUCAAGGAAGCCCAGGAUGCACUAAAUGAUAUAUGUGCCCAGGGAGGAUGUGACACAUAACAGAUGAGACCAGGCAUCCAUGAUCUGGAUGCUGUUCCUUCGGAACAUGAAACUGCUUCACAGGGUUGGAACUACAUUUGCCAGCAGCUAAAUCAGAUGACUUUGUCGUUCACAUGAGGGUUUAUUCCCCUCAUUUUUAAGACCUUUUUUGCUCUGUUGUGAGGACACCUCUGCUGGAGCCAUUAGAAUAUUGUUUUCUGUCGUAGGACAACCUCUGUGUUGAAAUAUGGAGGAGUAAUCAUGUAUUGUUUAAAAUAUUCGCAAAUCAAAGUCAUUUCUUGUGUUCUAGCAAUAGGUUUGUGUUGAUCAGGUCUGAGAUGGAUUCCUAAUAGACAAAUAUGUUUUUUAUCAUUCUGUACCAGCAGUUUGCAUUUAGCUUAUUAGGUUUUCUGUAUGUUUGUAGGUGGCAAUCUACCUUUAUUGUUGUUGUAUCUAUUGGCCAGUCAUGUAUUUCUCCGUCCAAUCACAUGUUUGACCAGUCUUCAUGUUUAUCACAGUUGUGUUCACUAGACAUGUUCUCUAUCUGUAAGAGUGAAUUCGCCAGCAACAAAUUCUUGCAGAUGACCAAGUUCUUUAAAAGGCAACCAAGGACCAGGUUUUUGCUGGGCAACCAAUGAAAGUUUAGAAAUGGUCUCAAGUUUUGAGCAGAAUUCAUGUGUCAGCUGCUGUAUGCUGUGCGCCAGGCAUUAUGGCAUGUUCUCUUAGUACAAAUCCUGUCUCUGCUUCUCAAUUAAACACUGCUGAUUUUGUCCAAUCAAUCUGCCAUUCUGCAAUUUAUAUAUCAGUGUUAUACACAAUAUGCUGUAAUGUAUAUUUUACUGUUAUUCGUUGUCUUAUUAAAUAUUGCAAUGAAAAUG